AUGCUGAGGCGACCGGGCGUACAGAUGACGUUGUCGGGUGUCCGGAACUUUAGGGGUACCGUUCUUCUUAGCACGCGCCUGCCGCGCAGCUCAGCGUAUCGCCGCUCUCUCAGUUGCAGUGUUGUUCUUUCCGCUGCUAGCGCAACCGCUGGGUCAUCAUUCGCUGCGUGUAUGGUGCAGUGUCGCUCUCUUGUUGUCGAAACCAACGAGACACCGAACCCGGACUGCCUGCGCUUCUUCUCCAUGGAUUUUUCCUUCCUCAAGCCAGAGUUUUCCAUGGACAUUCCCUCCCCUGCGCAUGCCUACAAGUCACCGCUGGCUGAGGCCCUCUUCGGUGUGGCGGGGGUGCAGGCCAUCUUCCUGGCCGACGAGUACGUGACCGUACGUAAGGACCCGCAAGCUGACUGGGGGGCCUUGGUGCAUAUCAUUAAGGAGGUGAUUGUUGAGUUUGCAGAGAGCAAGGAAAACGUGCUUUCCGAGGCAGGUGAAGCGGAGUUGAUGGGUUAUAACGACGAUACUGAGCCUAACGAAGAUGAUGAUGAAGUGGUACUGGCGGUGAAGGAGCUGCUGGCGACGCGCAUUCGGCCGAUGCUGCGCGCUGACGGUGGCAAUGUUCGCUUCAUCGACAUGGACGAAGGCACCGUCUUCCUCCUGCUGGAAGGGGCGUGCAAGUCGUGCCCGUCGUCGCACAUCACCCUAAAGAGCGGCAUUGAACGAAUGCUUAUGCACUGGAUUCCCGAGGUGGUCGAGGUGCAGGAGGUGAGCGAUGAGGUGGCCGCCGACAUUUUGUCUGAGAAGCGGCUGCGCAAGCAGAUGAAGGAGAAGGGAGAGAUUGUGGAGGCGAAGUGA